AUGGCGUUCGAUCCAGAAAAGGGCCCUAACAGGGUCUACUACUCUUCCGAGGAACAGAAUUCGCUCGAGGCCGAUGCGAACGACAACAAUGCCGCUAUUUCUCACGAGACCGGCACCCUAGCCAAGCUCCGAGCCCUGGAGGCUCGCAUGGACAAGAAACUCGGGAUAGAGUCCGAAGCCAUUACUCGCAAACGACCCGAAGACAAGCGAAAGGUGCAUUGGGUGGAAGAGCUGUCAAUGGCAUUGUUAUGGGCAAGCGGCACAAUGAAUACGUCCUGCUUUGCGACUGGGUUUCUCGGGUGGGAAUUCGGUCUCAGCCUAAAGCAGUCGAUAGUGAUCACUAUUUUGGCUUCAAUUUUGGCUGCAUCACUGAGCGGAUUUUGCGCGACUUUUGGCGCCGCCACUGGAUUGCGACAGAUCAGUGUUAGUCGCUAUAGCUUCGGUUGGUGGCCCAACAAGCUUGUCGCCUUGCUCAAUAGCAUCCAGCAGAUGGGCUGGGCUGCCGUAUCAUGUAUCACUGGAGGUCUGGCUUUGACAGCGGUCUCAGAUGGACAUGUGUCCUUGAUUCUGGGAAUUGUCAUCUUAGCUGUUGUGGCGCUUAUCAUCUCGUUCGUCGGAUUAAAUGCCAUUCUGAUCUACGAGAGAUGGGCCUGGAUUAUCUUCUUCGUCAUCUUUCUUAUUUUCUACGGCGAGACGGGUAAGUAUGCCGACAAUACGGCACCACCCACUGUGACCGGCCUCAAUCUCACGGGGGCAGUUUUGAGUCUGAUCGCGGUUGUCUAUGGCUCAAGCGCGUCAUGGUGCACCAUGGCCAGCGACUACUAUGUUCAUUAUCCUACCAAUGUGAGCCGUGUCAAGGUCUUCCUCAUGACAACCUUUGGAAUUGCAAUUCCCACCUCCAUCGGCAUGGUCGCUGGCUGUGUCGUUGCUUCCGCGUUGAACAAUCAAGGUGAAUGGCUCAAUGCGUAUGAGGAUCAAGGAAUCGGCUACCUCAUCCAAGACAUGCUCUAUCCCCGGGGAUUUGCGAAAUUUCUUCUCACUCUGCUCGUCUUGUCUGGAAUCAAUGUCAACGUCAUCAGCAUCUACAGUGCUGCGAUCUCCUUCCAACAACUCUCACGACCCUUUGCCCGGAUACCUCGUUUCAUAUGGACACUAUUCUGCUUCGCCUGCAUUCUCGCAUUGUCCAUUGGUGGUCGGCAGAAGCUGAAUACCUAUCUUCAGGAUUUCCUGAGUUUACUGGGGUAUUGGUGCACAAGUUAUGCGAUCAUUCUUUUCGAAGAGCAUUACAUCUUCCGCAAGGGCAACUUUGAUAACUAUGACUUGGAGGGGUGGAACGACCCCGCCAAGCUUCCAUUGGGCAUCGGCGCGUCAAUAGCAUUUGCACUUGGAGUUGUGGCAUGGUGUAUGGGCAUGGAUGAGACUUGGUUUAUUGGCCCUCUUGCUGCCCUGAUUGGAGAUUAUGGUGGCGAUGUUGCGAAUGAGUUUACAUUCGUGGUGACGGCGUUGUCUUAUAUUCCAGCGCGGUAUUUGGAGCUCAAGUACAUCGGUCGGUAG